GUCCGGGCCGCCUUGCAUUCGGUCUGUCACACGCGCUCCGUACGCUCUACCGUUCUGUUCCUUUAGUUGUUAAUAAAAACUUUUUUUUUUUUACACAGUAUAUAACAUAUUAUUAUAUAUCCCACACAACUUCUAUCGGACGAUUUUUGAUCGAAGUGUCGUGUUUUUUGUUAACGGAAAACAGUUUCAUAAUAUUACUAAAUCAAUUUUUUUUUAUAUAAUAUUUAUAAACAUUUCAUAUUAUAUUAUAUCGUACAUAUAAUCCUACAUAUUUUUUAUGUACCGUCAUAGUUGUUGGUCUCUUUUAUUUUGAAAUAAAAUUCAACGCUGGCAGCCCAACAGUUCCAACGGAAUCACUUAAACGCCUUUGGAAACUACUUUUGGGAAUUAAAACCAUUGAGGCCAAUAUCUUCGAGGACGAAAUUCAUAAUUAAUAGUUUAACUUAAUUCGACCAGCAUAUACUCGAAAUCGCGUCAAGAUGCAUAUCGAGGUUAGCGUAGCGUUGAACUUUGUGAUCUCGUACCUGUACAACAAAUUACCUAGACGGCGAGUGAACAUAUUUGGAGAAGAGCUGGAAAAGUGCCUGACGGAGAAAUUUGCUGGGCACUGGUACCCGGAGAAACCGUACCGCGGCUCGGCAUACCGGUGUAUCAAAACAGGAUCACCAAUCGACCCGGUGUUUGAGAAGGCGUCCCGUGAAAGUGGCGUAGCCAUACAGGACAUCCUGGAGAACUUGCCGCAGGAUCUGGCUGUAUGGGUGGACCCUGGCGAAGUUAGUUACCGCAUUGGUGAGAAAGGAGCCGUGAAAAUCUUGUAUAACGAGAAUAGCGGUGGUCUCCACUUUGACACCCACGACGACCGGACCGCCGAUAGAGAGGUCGUUAAAACGUUCAACCCCGAAGCACAGUGUUUCCGGCCCAUCGAUUCGGUAGCGUCCAGUUUAAGUUCUCUAAGCAUUUCACCGCCGGACAAGUGCUCGGUCGGUUCACCGACGCUUGGCAGUGGUUCCAAUAACUCGUCACCAACGCAUCAUAAUCACCUCCACCACCAUCACCAACACCAACACCAUCCUCAUCACCUGCAACAACAAACACAGCUACAACAGCCACAGCACAAUCCGCUGUUGUUCGGCAAAUCGUGUGGCGGCGGUGGCGGUAGCAGCAGCAGCAGCAGCAGUAGCAGCAGCAGCAGCAGCAGCAGCAGCAGCAGCACUGCUAGCAAUGGCAACAGUCAGCAAUCGUCACAGCAGCAGCAGCAGCAGCAGCCACGAAGCCCGAACGGUGGCGGACCCGCAGUCGCGGUCGCUACUGGCGGGGCUUACGUGCCGUGUCGACAGCCGUCUGUGCCGUUGACGUUUACUACUGCCUCGUUUGCGCAGACCAAGUUCGGCAGCACCAAACUCAAGUCCAACAACAAGCGAGCUAACAGGUUUCUGAUGACUGAUUUCAUAGAAAAGAUGUCGCCAACCGAGUUUGCAAACUACAUAAAGCAACGGGCGGCCAUGCAGCAACAACAAAUUGUGGUCGGUGGUGGUCUGCAGCAACAACAGCAACGUCCGGUAUCACCGGUGCAGCAACACCACCGUGGUCAAAACGGCGACGCGGCUUCCAACUACUUUUUCCAGCAGCAGCAGUACAACAACAACCACCAAGGUGGUGGUAGUGCCGGUUACCAAAGGCCGCGACAGUCCAACGGUUAUCACCGGAACAGCGGCAACAUGGUCACCGCGGAUUACGCACCACCGCAAUUGCAGUUUUCCAACGGCGGCUCAAGCGGUUGGCAAAACUUCGGCGGCGAUUUCGGGCCACAGCACUUUGGCGGCUCACCCAUGGGCCCGUUGUCACCGGCCAACUAUGGAACGGGACAACAAAUGCAGUCCGCCGCGACUCCGAUGCACCAGCAGCAGCAACAACAGCAACAGCAAAAGAUGCAGGAUAACUACAACGCCAUGGGAUUGGGAUCGUCGACAUCGUCGUCGUACAGGUCCAGUCCUUUCCAACAUUUGUUGGUGGCUAACUGAUUUCAGUCGGCUUAGCUGAGGAGGGACGGUCAAGAGCGCCCCCUUUCACCACCAAACCGUCUCCCCCCCAUGUCACCCAACGUGGCCCACACACCCCUCUUGACCUAGUUACAUGGUUUAAGACCGACCCGCCCCAUCCCCCUCCAUCCGCCCACCUUGUUAUCAUUAUUAUUAUUUUUUUUAUAUAAUAUCCUCUUUUAAUAUAUUACAUAUUAUUUACAUACAUAAGUAAACCCUCUGGCGCGCCUUCCUCUUCUCUACCAUUAAACGUAAAUAAUGAAAGUUAUUUAUAUUUCAUUUUUAGGUAGGUUAGGUACAACCGUUAUUAUAUUAUAUUAUUUCCGUUUUUCCAAAUUCUAUAUUUUAUUCAUGUGGCUACAGCGAGCUGGUCUCAUCUAUCUGUUAUCAUUAUUUAAAACAUUAUCUAUUUAUAAUAUAUAAACUACUAUUAUCUAUCGGCUUCUAAAAUUAUAAUUAUCUCUAUUAACAACAUUUCAAAUAUUAUAUCGAUGUAGGUAAUUAGGCCAAUAUUCGAAGAAUAUUUCAACUUCUAUAAUACAUAUUCAAUCAUUCAUGCAGGCACUUUAAAAAAAAUGUUAGUU